UGACCGAGAAGGUGAAGCCUUCGGAAUAACAGCCGCUAUGAGACGAAUAACGGGAAAGGCGAAGGAUGAAACUUUGAUCGAGCUGCAGAACGCGACGGAUUCACAGACUGCAGAUGGUCCCGCAGUGUUGACUGCAUUCAGGAUAAACCUGCACUCAGAUGAAAAUGGUGGAAAUGGUGUUUCAUUAUCUGAAAGGUCGACGCUUCCUGGACAUGCAGAAACAGACAAACUACAACCAAACAAAGACACCGUGUUCUUCAGGGACGGAGUUCGAAGAAUAGACUUUGUGCUGUCUUAUGUAGACGACAAAGAUGGAGAAAAGAAACAGGAAAGGAGGAGAGAGUUUGAGGCCAACCUUGAGAAAGCAGGACUACAGCUGGAGAUGGAUGACAAAUCAGAAUCUAAAGACCAAAAGACGUAUUUCUUGAAGAUUCACGCUCCGUGGGAGGUACUGGCCAAAUAUGCUGACAUCUUAAAGAUCAAAGUUCCCUUCAAGGAGAGUGAUAUCCCGCAUGGUCAGGAUGUCCCACUGGAAUGGCUCUCACGGCCUUUCCGCCUGCCAGAACACAUCAUGCGCCCUAAACCUGACUACUUUACCUACCCCUUCGACAAUACCAAGACCGACUUCUUCCUCAUCACUGACAAGGAUACUUUCUUCCCACCUUCCACAAGAAACAGAAUUGUGUUCUACAUCCUGGCUCGUUGCCCUUACCACAAAGAGGAACUGCAAGAGAAAGACAAGACGGGAAUCAAGCGACUACUCAGCAAUGGGACAUAUACAGCAGCCUUUCCACUGCAUGAUUGUCGAUACUGGAAAAAGGCGAGAAAUGCUGAAUGUGAUAGUGAGCGCUACAAUUUGUACAGGCACUGGGCCAGAUUUCUCUGCUUUUACAAAGAGCAGCCUCUUAACCUCAUCAGGAAGUACUAUGGGGAAAAGAUUGGGAUCUACUUUGCCUGGCUGGGCUUCUACACAGAGAUGCUGUUCUUCGCAGCCGUCAUGGGUGUUAUAUGUUUCACCUACGGAGUGCUCAGUUAUGAUGACAACAUAUCAAGCAAAGAAAUAUGCGAUGCCAGUAUUGGAGGCAGCAUUAUGAUGUGUCCGCUUUGCGAUAAAAAGUGUCCUUUCUGGAGGCUCAACUCUACAUGUCUCUCAUCCUGGCAAUCCCAUCUGUUUGAUAAUGAGGGAACGGUGUUCUUUGCCAUAUUUAUGGGGAUCUGGGUAACUCUUUUUUUGGAGUUCUGGAAACGGCGUCAAGCUCGGCUGGAGUACGAGUGGGACUUGGUGGAUUUUGAGGAGGAGCAACAACAGCUUCAAAUCCGGCCCGAGUUUGAGAUCCAGUGCACUAACAGGAGACUCAACAAGAUCACUCAGGAAAUGGAGCCGUACCUCCCUGUGACCAGCAAGUGUGCUCGCUUCUGCCUCUCAGGAGCCACCGUUUUAUUCUGGAUUUCACUGAUAGUGGCCUGUAUCAUCGGGGUCAUAGCAUACAGGCUGGCCGUGUAUGCUGCCUUCGCAAGUAUCAUUAAAGACCCUAUGAGGAAGAUCCAGUUGGUGGGCAGAUUCAUCACACCGCAGCUGGCGACUUCUGUCACCGCAUCCUGCAUCAACUUUGUCAUCAUCAUGAUCCUCAACUUCUUUUACGAGCGGGUGGCCGUUUGGAUCACUGACAUGGAAAUACCAAAGACCCACCUGGAGUAUGAGAACAGGUUGACCAUGAAGAUGUACCUGUUCCAGUUUGUCAACUACUACUCCUCCUGCUUCUAUGUGGCCUUCUUCAAAGGCAAAUUUGUGGGUUAUCCUGGUGAAUACACAUAUAUGUUUGGCAAAAGGAACAAACUGAGGAAUGAGGAGUGUGACCCAGGAGGCUGUCUGAUUGAGCUGACCACACAGCUGGUGAUUGUUAUGGCAGGAAAACAACUGUGGGGGAACAUCCAGGAAGCCCUGCUGCCGGUGAUACGUAACUGGUGGAGUGGCAGAAAGGGACGGCACCAUCCUGAGAACCAUUACAGCCGCUGGGAGCAGGACCACGUCCUACAGAACUUCAGCCAGCUGGGAUUGUUCUACGAGUACCUGGAAAUGGUGGUCCAGUUUGGUUUCAUCACUUUGUUUGUGGCCUCUUUCCCCUUGGCUCCACUCCUGGCUCUGUUCAAUAACAUCUUGGAGAUCAGGGUGGACGCCUGGAAGUUCACCACCCAGUUCAGGCGACCGGUGGCAUCCAAGGCUCGAAACAUCGGAGCGUGGCAGGAAAUCCUUAAUGCGGUGGCCAUUUUGUCUGUCGUUACCAAUGCUUUCAUUAUGGCAUUCACCUCUGACAUGAUCCCCCGUAUGGUCUACCUGUAUGCCUACAGUAAAGAGGGCAGCAUGAUGGGCUACGUUAACAACAGUCUGUCAGUUUACAACAUCUCACAGAUACUUGAGGAAAACAUGCCGGAGGAACAAGUCUACUGGUUCGAUAACUCGACUACCACCUGCAGGUAUCGGGACUACCGUUACCCUCCAGGUCAUGAGAGGAAGUACACUCACACCAUGCAGUUCUGGCACAUCCUGGCAGCCAAAAUGGCCUUCAUUAUUAUCAUGGAACAUGUGGUCUUUGUGGUGAAGUUCUUUGUGGCCUGGAUGAUCCCCGACGUCCCGUCGGAUGUGAAGGCGCGGAUUAAGCGAGAACGCUACCUGAUGCAAGAGUACCUGUAUAACUACGAGGUGGAGAGGCUCAAACUCCAGCUGAGUGCCAGCUUCAUCACGGAGCCACAGUCAGAAAUGUCCUCGAUGACAGACAAGCAUGAAGUGUUGUCUGAGUGCCUAUAGCUUCUACACCUCCAACUAACACCAAGCCAAGGAUGGACUCGUCAAUGAGUUUUUUCCUCACUGAGAACAUCCAGUGGGGCUUCUGUCUUUGGGAUAAAAAUUCUAUUAUCCUCUCUUGCUGAAAAGAUUCCUAUAUUAGGAUCUGUGUAGAAGAGGCAUCAGAAAAAAAAAUCUAGCAAAAAAAAUCAGCUUCCUGAGUAGAGGAAGUUUUUCUGUGCCAUAAAUAUUUUGCUGGAGGAUGCUAGGAUAGAAAAGAACUGCAAAAGAUUGUGACUGCCACUUGUACCAUUCCCCAUGUACUGCCUUCAAACUCUCCAUUUGUCAUGUCUGAAAACAUAAAACCAAGCUUAUAGAGUUAAAUCUGCAUUGGAGGACUGGAAAACUUAGAAAUUUCCCACAGCCACUAGAAUUAAAAACUCCAGAUUACUGCAAAAUACAGGUGGUGGUGUCUGUUUGUUUGGGCAUGAAGUUAAUGGACAGUGAUUUAUCUGAAAAAGGUCACACAGCACUCCAGGUUUAAAGUUUGUGGUUUUGAAUGUGUGACAUUAGGUGUAAUUACCCUUUAAAGAGCUACCUAUAUGAUCCAUCUAAUUUUCCGCAUGUGAUACUUCCAAUAAGAUAAAACCCUCGGAUGUUUAAACAUGAAGAUAUGUGCGAGUUGUAAAAAUGUUUGAAUGGCAGUUGUGAUUAAAUCAUUUCAGGGAUGGAUGUUGUACGUCACGUAUCCGUUUUCUGCCAUAUAUUUAACUAUGAAUGUAGGAAAAAAAUCAACUUCUCGGCAAUUUUGAAUAUAUCCAAUAUGAAACACAAAUUUAAAAAAUAAAAAAAAAAAUAGGUGGUGCUUAUUCCAUGUUUCAUUUGAAAUCAUUUUUAAAAAUUGGUAGCUACGUACUAAUUUAUAGUCGGCUACGAGAUGGUCAGUUUUUUCAUUUGAGUCUUUCAUGUUUAGAGAAAAGCUCUUAAAAGCUGUGCAUUUGAGAACCAAGUACCUCCAUCAUACUGCAGUGAGAUCAGUCGUGUGCUGUUAUUCCAUUCAUUCCACCCCGACUUAAGGCUGCCAUGCUGAUAUGUCGAGACAGCAGCUGCUGGCUCGUGUAUUUGCAGCUUGCUACGGGACCAAUUAUAAGAUUUCUAUCUGAAGAAAAGGCUACAUGAAGAAGAUGGUGAUGAUGGAAGAUCUCUUGGCAGAUCCUGUGUUUUAAUACAAUCAGUUUGUGUGCAUGAUAAAAAAAAAAAAAAGGCCUAUGCAUCUGUUUUUCAGAUUUCACGUUACUGGUGUCUCCAUAUUGUGCAGCCAUAAUCAGUUGUAGGCUUCAUAUCAGAGAAAAGGGAGAGACAAAGAAGUGAAGAUUUGAGUGGAAAAAAAAACUUGUAGCCAUUUACUUUUGUUGUAGAUAAAAUAUUUUAUCUAUUUAAAUGGGCUGUAGUGCAAUUAAUUUAUUGAUCUGCUUCUGUUCUGUAGCCUGAAGCAUUUGUGGUUAGAGUUACUUCAUAAUCCUCUUUUUAAAGAUCUUAAUUAUUAUUUAUUACUUUACUUGCAGCAUUUGGUUUCUUCUUUUGUACUACUCAUCACCUCUUAAAUGCUCAUCAAGCAGCGCAAACGCAGGCAUUUCUUCAAGUACGUUAUUCUCUAAAAUUACUACUUUGUCAAGUUAUCAUACUAGUAGAUUAGCUACAAAAAUUUUAUUUCUUUUCAGUAAAAUAGUCCUUUAUCAGAUAUGGUACAGCUUUUUGUCUUCUUGAGAUUAACGUGCAUUUGGAUUUUUAUGUGUUUAUACUGAAAUCUCUUUGUAAUCUACACAGCAAAAUGAUGCAGUUAUCAGUAGAUUGUAUUUGACAGUUAAAAAUCUCAGCAUGUCUUACUCCAGUCUCAGGAUUAAACAUCGGCUAGUGUUCGUUGAGCCUCACUUGUUGAUGAGGUGUGCAGGGCGGGGAUGAGAGCACGAUCCUGCGAGGUGCAUGAUGCAUUUCCCAACAAACAGAUGCCUUAAAAUGUCUGUGUUUAUUGUUUUUGUAUGAUUUUAUAAUGACAAAGUUUCCUAUCUGAAUAUCAAACCUGUUUCAUAUCAUUGGUCGCUGCUGCUAGUCUUUGCAUAGUAUUUGUUUUGUCCGGUUUGGUGUGCAUGAAUUUCUGUCUUGUAAAUAUUUUGGCAGUUACAUGGUUGCCGGAAAUUGAACAAAGCUGUUAAUAUUCACAAUAAACGGAGAAAUAACUA